AUGGGAUCGUCACGCAAGCGUUCAUUGGAUAGUUCCAAUCAUAGGCAAGUGGACCUGUCGGAGACUCCAAAAUCAGCGAAAAAGCUGAAGACUGCAAGUAUUAGUUCCCUGAGCUCGAAAAAACCUCUCAAGAAUACACCGAUUCCCGAAGCAGAUUACGGACCACCCAAGAGCAAAAAGGAGCUUCGUGCCUUGAAAAAAGCAGCUCGCAAGAGCAAGGAUGUGGGAAAAAAUGAGGCAACACAAUAUGAUGCUGAAGACAAAAUUCUUUCCAAAGAAGAAUACAAACAAAAGAAGCAACAGGAAAAAAAAGAACAACGCAAGGCAAUGAUGCAAGAGCUUCGAAAGCAAGAAAGAGAAAGCAUAAAGAUUCGUCAACAAAAGAAACUGAAUCGAGAGCUUAAUGCCCCAAAGUAUAAGCAAGUCCAAGCGGAAGCAACAAAUGAGCCAAAACAUCAGCAACAAUCAGAAAAGAAGAACAAGAAAAAGGCAAAGAAAACUGGUUCUGAAGAGGACGAACAAGAUGUCGCUAUGAAAGCAUUGAAGCAGGUACUGCUUGGGACUACGGAUGAAUCUGGAAUGACAACUACUACUCUUGGCGUGAAGUACAAGGAUGUUGUUGUUGGGACUGGCGAUGAAGUUCGGGAGAAAAAAUUGGUGACAGUCCAGUACCAGCUCAAGGGAGGCAAGUUCAAAGCCGUUUUGGACAGCUCGAAAAAGUUCAAUUUUCGAGUUGGAAAGGGAGAGGUCAUUCAGGGCUGGGAUAUUGGUCUUUUGGGGAUGCGAGUGGGAGGCCGAAGGCAGCUGAUCGUUCCUCCGAAGGCUGGAUAUGGCUCGCAAGACAUAGGUGCAGGUCCGGGGGGACUCUUAUACUUUGAUAUUACUUUGUUGGCCCUUCGAUGA